AUGGCGUCUGAAGAAGAAGGUAGAAAUUCAAGACGUAAACGAUCAUCUAAUUUAACUACUAAUAACGUGUUUAGCUUAUUGGGUCUUGACAAUGAUACAAAUAAUGAAGAAUCUGACUCGGAUAGUGGUAGUGACCUGAAUAUGAGCGAUAUUGAGCUUAAUAUUAGUGAUGAAUCUGAUUGUGAUGCUAAUGUACAAAAUGUUAUUGAUGUUGACACAACUGUGCCUCAUACUAGUGCGAGACCCUCUCAAGAAAAGUGGAAAACUAUUUCAGAUUUGGAAAACGAUUCUGCAUUAUCUCUUGGUGAAUUUACAUGCUCCACUGGACCAAUCUAUACUCCUAGUGAGGACACUUGUGCUGUUGAAUAUUUCAACCAUUUUUUUGCUCCUGUGGAGGAAGAGGGCCAGUCUCUCUGGGAAUUGUUAGUUCGGGAGACUAACAAGUAUAAAGAACAUUAUGUGCGUAAAAACCCUAUUCUCAGUCCAAAAAGUAAAGUACAUAAAUGGGAGAAUGUUGAUGUAAAAAAGAUGAAAGCUUUUAUUGGUAUUAUCCUAAAUAUGGGGCUGGUAAAGAAGCAUACUAUAGAGUCGUACUGGAACUGCAAAGACUAUUCACAAGAUACUCCAAUGUUCAGGAAAGUAUUUAAACUAGACACAUUCAAACUUCUUUUGCGUUUUUUUCAUGCAUCGGACAAUGACUCAGAACCCAAAAAAGGUGAUGCUAACUAUGAUUUAACAUACAAAUUUAGAAAUGUUCUGGAACAUUUGAACUCUACCUGGGCUCGAGAGUUUGAAUUAGGACAAAACAUUUCUAUUGAUGAAACCAUUGUUGGUUUCAAAGGGAGGCAUCAUCUAGUAAAUUACAUAAAAAUAAAAAAACAUCAUCAGUGGGGACCCAAAGAAUACAAUCUUUGUGAUGCAGAGACUGGAUACUGUCACCAAACUGUGUAUCACACAAAAUCUUUGAAAGUUAGCCAAUAUGGUCAACCAUUUGAUGUUUGUGAUAAACUUAUGACAGGCCAUGGCAAUAAGAAUAAUCAUCUGGUGGUAGAUAAUUAUUAUACAAGUAUUGCUCUAUGUGAGGAGAUGCUGAAAAAAGGCAUCUAUGUUACAGGCACAGUCCGAAGCAAUCGAGUAGGGCUGCCUGAUGAUAUAAAAAAGUACUAA